AUGGCGGCGGCGGCGGCGCGGGAUAGAAAUGAAAGGCCUUAUGAAGACGGGGGAGGUCACGGGAAGUUUCGAAAAAGGCCGUUUCGAAGGAGUGCGCAAACGACUCCGUAUGAUCGUCCUGCGGCGGCAAUUCGAAACCCUAGUGGGAGUAGUAAUGGUUGGUUGUCGAAAUUAGUGGAUCCGGCUCAGAGACUCAUUGCUUCUGGUGCUCACAGGCUUUUUGCUUCUUUUCGUAAACGACUACCUGCUCCUCCGUUGGUGCCUCCUCUGUCGGUGCCUCCUCCGUCACAGCCGCCGGAGACGGAGAGGGAGACAGAGGCAAACCGGGGAGCAAUGGAUAAGCAAAAGGGAACGUUUUCCACAACUUUAACUAGGUCUGAGAUUGAUCGAUUGACGGCCCUGCUGCAAUCCAGGAAUGUUGAUUUUCCUACUGGAAGCGAAGAGAAGAAAUCUGAAGUGAUUCCUUCAAGAGCUAUGAUCUCUAAAGGAAAAAAGGAGUUAUUGACUACCCCCGUUAAUAAUGGGUUUGAGAGCAACUUUAAUUUGACACCCAUUGUCGGCUCAAGUGUAGGAGAAUUUCUAGUCCUUGAUGAGGACGCUGGUUCACCUACAGAGCUUGCAAAAGCUUACAUGCGUAGUAGGCCUUCAAAAGUAUCACCAUCAAUGCUGGAAUCACGCAGUCAGGUAUUAAGGGAAAGUUCAACAGCUCUGAUCAAUCAUACAUUUACACCAUUAUCACCAAUGAUGUCAAUUGCGCCACGUUCUUCUGACCGUGCUGGGUUUCCUGAGAAUGGUUUUGUGACACCCCGAUCCCGAGGUAGAUCUGCUAUAUACAGUAUGGCUCGAACACCUUAUUCUAGAGUUCAUGCAACAACUGGCCUUCAGUGUACUGGAACAACAAGUGAUGCUUUCGCUGGACCGUCAUCUUCAUCUCAGAACACAUGGGAGAACAACAGAUUUUCUGGAUCUAAACAAGGGGCUUUAAAGCGGAGGAGUUCUGUCCUGGAUAAUGAUAUAGGAUCUGUUGGUCCAAUACGCAGAAUUCGUCAGAAAUCUAACCUUCUGCCUACUUCCAGUGCUCGUUCUAUUCGUGGAACUGCUAUUGGUUCUAAUGUUGUGAAAAAACUAUCCUCAACAGAGAAGCCAGUUUUGGUGGGUGAAUCAUUGAAGGAUAAUGGAAAUAACAAUGUCCAUGGAGCUGGUUUUACCUCUGUGCCCUCCAAGUCCAGUGAGAUGGCAUCAAAGAUAUUGCAGCAGCUUGAUGUGUUGGUUUCAUCAAGGGAGAAGUCUCCUGCCAAGUUGUCACCAUCCAUGCUACGGGGACCAGCUCUUAGAAGCCUGGAGGAUGUAGAUUCUUCAAAGUUGCUAGAAAUUGUUAAUGAUAAUAACAAGUUGGAUGCUAAGCACAACACCUUGCCACCUGAUGCAAGAGAGUCUUUGUUUAAAAAGCAUGGCAAAAUUGAAGAAAAUGGUCCAAGCAAACCCAUUGUUCCUUAUGAAAAGGCUGCCUCAGCAGUAAAUGGUAUGGAUACCACAAGUUCAAUGAAGAAUGAUGUGGCCGGGGUCAAAACAACAGCUUUUUCAGUGAUGAGCACCACUGCCCAGUCCCCUUUACCGAAGAAAAGGGCUUUCCAGAUGAGCGCACAUGAGGAUUUUCUGGAGCUUGAUGAUGAUGACUACUCCUGUGGGAGUGCGUCUGGUAUGUUGGCUGAAGGGAGAGAAAAGGUCGAUACCAAAUUGUUAGAAAAGAAGACCAUUGGUGCUGAGGCUGUUGCAGUGGAGAAAUCUUCAGUUCAUUCUGAAGACUGCUCCCCAUCAACUUCUAUAUUGAACCAAAAAAGUGCAGGGAUUGAUGGGUCUGUGGUUGCUGAAAAGAGCAGUGGCUUUGCAUCUCCAGCAGCACCAUUGCCUGCCAUGACUGAUAAGCAGGCUGUAGUAAACAACAAGUUAGCUUUAAUAUCUGAUGAAACUGCCCUUCCAAAGGACUCAGAUGCUUCUCCUAGCCCUGAGGAGAAGGUAGCUUUGCCCAAGGAACCGAAUGGCACCUCUCAAACAUUCCAUUUUAGCAAUAAAACUGGUGAUAAAGUUGCACCAUUUGCAUUUUCUUCCCCAGUCAUGAGUGAACCAUCUGGCCCAAAGUUGGGUCUAUCAUCAAAUGCCAAACCAGAGGGCUUCAGCUUUAUGCCUGUUGCUACUGGUGCUACUGAGUUGGUGACCAGAGACCCUGGAUCAGAUAAAGCUGAUGAUAAGAACAGUUUGAAGACUGGGGGUUCCUUCAAGGCACCUGAAAAUGUGGCUUCUACAUCAACUUCAUCGACUGGAAGUGUAUUCUCAUUUGGCAUCACCCCCAAUAGUUCAAAUCUGAAUAAUGGAUCUCUUGCUUCUGCCCCAUCUUCAUUUUCCUCUCCCAGUCCACCUCUACUUUCCAGUAACCUUACUGGUCAAAAUUCGUCCAGCAUCUCUGCCAACAACCUUGCUAGCAGCAGUACUAAUGCCAGCACUGCAAUUUUCGCAACUGCAAACACUAACGGGAAUAGCAACUUCUCUAUUUCAGCACCAGCACCAGCACCAGAACCAGCACCUUCCUUGACGGCUACACCUGUUUUCAAAUUUGGGUCUUUCCCAUCAACUUCAACCUCAACAAUACCAUCUACUACUGAUGAAACAACAGACGCCAAGACGAAAGAACCAAACGUUGGCAACACAACUAAUGCUCCUCUCGGUGCUACUUCUUCUGCAAUUACAAGCACUGCUGGCAGCAUUUUUGGUGGUACAUCUUCUGGAAUUACAAACACAGGCAACAAUAUUUUUGGUGAGACCACUGUAGUUUUCGGUAAAGAAAAUAGUGGUUUUGGUGGUACAUUCCCUGCAGUUACAAGUACAGGAAGUAGCGGUUUAAAUGCUACAUCUUCUGCAGUUACAAGCUAUGGAAGUGGUCCUUUUAGCUUCAAUACUGGUAGCACAUCUUCAACCGCUACUAAUCUGUCUCAGGGUUUUAAUCCUUUUAGUGCUGGCAGUACUCUUUCUGCUGCUGGAACUGGUCUGGCAACUUCAACACAGAGCAUGCCGAUGCACUUUAGUUCCCCUGCAUCAACUCCUUUUGCUUCGACUGGGAGUACAGCCUUCUCUUCUGGCAGUUCCACGCUUGGGUCUUCUACAUCUAAACCGUUCAGUUCUGGUCCUAUAUUUGGACUUGGCUCUUCUACUUCCUCUUCAGAGUCCAUCUCUGUUAGCUCCACCGGCAGCCCUGCAUCAACUGUAUUUGGUUCCAACUGGCAGGCCCAAAAAUCUAGCGGAUUUCCCACAUUAUCCUCUUCUUCCUCAACUCCUUUUGCCUUUGGAGCAACUUCUAAUGCUGUUACGAGCAGCAGUUCAUCAAUUGGGUUUUCCCCCAGUGUCUCAUCAGGCCCCGUUUUCCCCAUCAGUUCACCUGCAUCUGCUACUCCAUCACAGUCCUUGUUUGGUAACCCAAGUUCUGGCUUCGGAUUUGGUUCAUCUCCAACUGGUAAUAAUGACCAAAUGAGCAUGGAGGACAGCAUGGCAGAGGACACAGUUCAGGCAACCAUGCCUUCAGUUCCUGUAUUUAGUCAACAACCAGCUACACCUGGCCCUAUUUUUGGUUUUUCAACUCCACCAGGAGGGAAUCAAUUUGCUUCUUCGGGUCCAUCAGGUGCAAAUCCUUUUCAAUUUGGAAGCCAAUCAAAUCUGGCUGCACCACAGAACCCAGCUUUUCAGGCUUCUGGUAGUCUGGAGUUCCAUGCUGGAGGAAGCUUCUCAUUGGGUGCAGGUGGUGGUGACAAGUCUGGUAGAAAAAUUGUCAGAGUCAAAAAACAACAACAGCGCAAGCGGUGA